GGAUACAUCGCAUAUCGCACAGGGACCGUCGCGUUUUAAAACAGCCUGCAAGGUUAAAAACAAGCAGAUCAACUUUUCAAAACAGCGCCAAGAGUGUUCCAAUCCGCUACGCACGUCUAGCUGCUGAAAGCAAGAGCGCAUCCUGUGUAAACGCCUCCCAACACCUGCGGCGGGAAAUACUUUGUGGAGAGCAGCAGCUACACUCAGACUAAAUAUAGAUCCAUCGCGAGGGAACCCUGACACCGCGCUUCCCCACGCACCGAUCGUUUAUCUGCAUGUUGUGAUUAGCUAGAAAGUUUGAUUGUGUCGGUAGCAUAUUUUCCUGUUUUUAAUAUAAAUAUAUAAUUUGAUUCUGGAAAAAUAGGGUUUCUUUAAAGAAAAAAUAUCUUAACCUUAGCAACAACUACACACGCGUAAAGCGCAUUUUGUUCUAAUUGUUCUUGGCGGUGCGCACACUAUCCAACAAGUGCGAGCUCGAAGCUCUGCUGUGUCUUAAGAAGCGAUUGAGGAGAAAACAAGCAUAUGGAGAUCACUGUCUAACGAUUUGGAGCUCGAAUCGAUCCAAGCAACCUCGUCGAACACGCACAUACUUUGUCGCAUUGAUGAAAAAAAGCGCGUUUGUUUGAUGCGCGUCGUGUGAUCUGGUGGAGUUUUUUGGAUAUGCUAUAGUUUCACCUCCGAUGGAGCCGCCGUUAUUCGUUGUCUUUGUCAUUUUUAAAACAAACUAAAGGCGGGGCGGUUUGCUUAUAUUGUGAAGAUCCAAACCCAAAAGCAUUACAUCUAGACCACUCGUGACCUGUGAAGACUUGUCCCUACACCUGGUUUCUUGGAGAGGGCUGCACAAUUGCGCAAGCUGCGAGAUAACGGACCUUUCCAUGGAAUCCACUCCACGCGUGGUCACCACUGAGGGUUUCGGUCCUAUCUGAUGUGGGAUAAAAAGUUGCCGUCUGGACAGUAAAUCACAUAUAUGAGGACCAAUACACACGUGCUAGCCAACACAAAGCGCAAAAAUGCCUAUGCAUCCGGUGACUUCCACUUUGAUGUACCGGGGGAUCUGCACCAUUCCUGAUAUCUUGUCGUACCGGGCACCGGUCAACCUGCCUGAGGACGAAGUGGAAGAAAUCCGGGAAGCAUUUAAGGUGUUUGAUCGAGAUGGAAAUGGCUUCAUCUCAAAGCAGGAGCUCGGCAUGGCCAUGCGUUCUCUAGGGUACAUGCCCAAUGAGGUCGAGCUGGAGGUCAUCAUUCAAAGACUCGACAUGGAUGGAGACGGCCAGGUGGAUUUUGAGGAAUUCGUUACUCUCCUGGGGCCCAAACUUUCGGCUGCUGGGAUGCCUGACAAGUUCAACGGAACCAAUUUUGACUCUGUGUUCUGGAAGUGUGAUAUGCAGAAGCUGACUGUGGAAGAGCUGAAGAGACUCUUAUAUGACACCUUCUGUGACCACCUGACUAUGAAGGACAUUGAGAAUAUCAUCAUGACAGAGGAGAAUCACAUCGAAAAUCCUGAGGACUGCCAGGUUGACAUUGACACGGAGAGUCCAACCCAGCAGGUGAAGCAAACAUGCGUACGGAAGAGUCUGAUCUGCGCCUUCGCAAUUGCUUUCAUCAUCAGUGUCAUGCUUAUCGCAGCCAAUCAGGUGCUUCGCAGUGGCAUGAAGUAACGGAAUGGACCGAUCACAACGUUGUUUCAAUUCAAUAUAACAAAUGACUGUGACAAAAAUGGCAAAAAAAAAAAAAAAACAUUCCAUACACAAAAUGGAGCAGCUUAAAAGUUCAUUUUAUUUAGAUGAAAUCCAAAUGUGGUGACACAAAUAUUUUUGAGACGAGCUACGGCUUCCACAGGACAGAAUUUUUAAUAUUUGACAGCAAACGUAAUGCACACAGAUUCAACGCACACAUACUGUGUUUUACCCAAAAAGGUAUGAUAAAAAGUACA